ACCGAAUCUGCGAUUUCUCCAAAGUUGAUAUAGAUUGCAGGCAACUGUCAGGCAACUACGCUCCAAAAAGUGUACUCUGGUCUAACUCGGCUCUAGAAUGUAAGCUGCCAAGUUCGUAGAGCAGACGUCGAGCCCUUCCGACGAGGCUUGGGAAUAUCGUUGCAUCGACUUUGCGAUAUGCUGCAAUUUUACACACAUAUAAAGUGGACCCUUUCCCACGGCAUUGAGUAGACACAGACACGACCGCACAAUUGGCAGUUCACAGCCCCUUCUCUCAACUACCACGCCCCAUCUACGCCAGCUCCCACAAUGUUCAACAUCCUCUCCAUAACAAACAUAGCUCUGCUUGCGCUCGUCCCUGCUGUGACAGCCAGCCCUCUGCAGUCUACCACUCUCCAACCCCGUCAAGCCACUCUGCCUCCCACCUGCAGCGACUUCUACAGCCCCGACUCCGGCCACGUCUGCAUCAUCCGUCCGACAAACUGCGUCGCAAACUACACCGUUACCCCCGGCGAAAACUGCGGCACCGUUGUCUCCCGCUUCGCAAACUUCACCGCCACAGACCUCUACGCUUGGAACCCUGAAAUCCGCCAAGACUGCACCGGCCUCCGCGCGUACGUUCCCGUCUGCAUCGGCGUCCCCGGAUACACCUUCAACGGCCCCUACGUUGGCGGCAACAGGCUGACCGCGGGCCGCACGCCGGUGCCGAUCCAGCCGGGCAUCGUGGACAACUGCGGCGCGUUCCAGUACACGGAUAGCAAGGGCCAGAAGCCGUUUGCGGAGCUGCUGAGCACCAACCACAUCACGCAGCAGCAGUGGAACGCGUGGAACUGGCCGAAGAGCAAUGUAGAUGACAAUCUGGCGGUUUUCGCAGGCUACUGGAGUUGCAUUGCGCUGAAGCAGCAGUGAGAGAUUCUGUGUGCGGUGGGUGGGGGCUCGGCGGAAGGGUGGUCGCGCGGAUGAGCAGUAAGAGGGACGGAGACGGAUGACAUGAUGGGCUGUUGAUGUGUAGAGAAAAGCGCAUUUGUGCAUUAGCGAGAUGCUCUUCAUAAUCCAAGGUGUGUACUAGGAAUUUCCACAAGUGGGUGACUGCGCAUAGUGAUGAUGGCGAAUGAGAAGAAACUCUCGCCCGGGAUACUUGCGUAGAUGUGGAGUCUUCUGGCUGAAGACAGAGGGCCAUGUUGGUUGGAGAAAUGAUGGUGCUUUGGGGUAGGGAAAGUGAUGCAGUACGGCAUGGGUACAUGUGGGUUUGCAAAGACAGUGCCUCGAGGCCGGAGGUAGCACAUGCGCUGUGGUAGAAGGGAUAAUAUACCAUUGGUAGUAAGCUUGAUUAGGCUUGAACAUUACGCAUGCCGCGUUACCGCGCAAAACUACAUACAC